CCCGCGCUGCUCCAAGCCGGGGCCCUGCGCAACCGGAGCCGCCUGGAGCUGGCCGACAACGGGCUGCUGCUGCUGCCCGCCGGCGUGUUCUCCUCCCUGCCCGGCCUGCGGCACUUGGACCUCAGCAACAACUCCCUGGUGGGCCUGCGAAACGUGUCCUUCCAGGGCCUGGGCCGGCUGCAGAGCCUCAACCUCAGCGACAACUCGCUCAGCGUCCUGAGGAACGGCACCCUGGCCCAGUUUCGCAGCCUGCCCGCCCUCCGGAGGAUCGGCCUCGGCCGCAACACCUGGGUCUGCGACUGCGCCAUCGAGGACUUGGUGAACUGGCUCAAGGAGAGCGACCAGGUGGAGGGCAAAGAAGCCCUGAAGUGCUCCUACCCCGAGAAGAUGCUGGGCAAAGCCUUGCUGAAGAUCAACAGUUCGGACCUGAACUGCUCCGUGCCCGUAGACCUCCCCUCCCAGCUACAGACUUCGUACGUCUUCUUAGGGAUAGUCUUGGCUCUCAUCGGGGCCAUUUUUCUCCUGGUUUUGUAUUUGAACCGCAAAGGAAUCAAAAAGUGGAUGCACAACAUCAGAGAUGCGUGCCGGGAUCACAUGGAGGGGUAUCACUACAGAUACGAGAUCAACGCAGACCCCAGGUUAACAAACCUCAGCUCCAAUUCAGACGUCUGACAAAAGGCCGUGGAAGCAGGGCAACGCGCAACAGCUAUGCAUGAAAAGUAGACUUAAGCUUUACCCUCAUGCUUGACUCCCUCUCCCCAGAGAAAUCACAGACGUGCUUGUAACAGGAGGGGAAUAUGCCUCCAUGUGGUGUAAAGUUCUUUACUGUUUUCUUUUAUGUUGAGACACUGUGCAGCUGCACGUGGUGUUGGGCUGUAUAUAAGAAAUAAGCUGCUACUUCUCUUCCUCUUUACCUGUUUUCAUUGGAACUUGCUGCCAGCACUUGCUGGAAAAGUUUUCGAGGUCUCAAAAGACGAAAGGAUUCAUUCUCUCUCUCUAUCUCUCUCUCUCUCUCUCUCUCCCUCUCUCUCUCUCUCUGAUGCUCCAAAGCCACCAGAGUUUAUAAAGAUAUACCGAAACAGAUACCGUUCAACAAAAGCUGCCUCAACUUUUUUGGGAAAAAACAUUAUGUUCAUCAGUACCAGUUUUGGUCUUGUAUAUCCUCAUAGCAAAGACAAUGAUUCUAUUUUGUGGACUAUCUUCAGAUAAAAAACAAAAAAAAAAUUAACAACUCCUCUGUUAGAAGGAAAUGAAAUAGUGAGCAUGCACAAACACAUUAUAGUUUUACAUGUUAGGAAGCUUACAACCUCAGUAAGUCUCUUAUUGUUUUCUAAAGUUAUUUUUGAUUGCAGUUUACGUGAAAAGAGAAUGUUUUUAACUCUGGACUGUUAAAUUCAAUAAACAGUCUUACAAGAA